CUCCACUGAAGCCAAGAGGAAUAAAAAACUAUAAUACUAAUUUUGAAUCUACUUCACUAUAUUUUAUACCAAUUUCACAAUUCAUAUAUCCUCUAGUAUCACAAAUUUCUUUUUCACAAUUUCAAUCAUUUUCUCCUCUAUCUCAGCUUUUUACUUUACAAUAUCAACCACAAACUACUCAAAAUUCAGGACCUAUUCCUACACUGGAAGAAUUUUUUUAUAAAAUAGAUGAAGAAGAGAAUGCUAAUCGAAAAAUUGCUAAAUAUUUAGAAGCAUUUAAUCAAGAGGCAAUUAGAAUAAAAUAA